GGAUACGCCGCGGAGUCCGAUCUUCAUGUGGGAAUAACCAGCAGCAACGGUGUGGUGUAUAAUUACACCGAGGAGGGCGUUGGCAGGGCUGAGACGGGCUGGGAGCAGUGCAUCAGUAUCCCCCUAGUGCAGCCAGACGUCUUCUGGCUUCUUCAGCAGUGGGAUGAGCUCCUAGAGGAAUUCUCUGCGGGAGAGGCCUGGCUUCCUCACAGGUACAACGAACACGACCACAACUGCUACACGUACGCGCUGGCAUUCAUUAACAGCGUGCUGACUGCGCAGGGCAAGCGGCAAAUGAGCAAAAGUGAAUUUACAGAGAGAUUCGUGAUCCCGCAGACCAAGAAAGCUUCCAAAUACAUGACUGUGCAUCAGGCCCUAACAGCUCACGACUUCUACAUUGUACCCCUUGCUGAUCAAGAAAGCCAGCCCUGA